UGAACUGACAAUGAAUGAACCCGUAACGUCUGAUGGUAACGGAUGCCAAAGGGUGAAAAUUUGUUCCGGCGACCCUUUGGGAGUUGCUCGAAAAUGCUUCAGAUUUCGUAAGUUUUUUUCUUUUUCUUUUCAAAAAACGCCAUUGAAGGUUGCCCAGAAGUAUCGAUAGAUUUCGCUUUCUUUAACAUUAGGGUUUGAGCUAACUGUGGAGUUUUCAGUUUCUCUUUGAAACAAUUGUAUAUUGAAAUAGUUGGGAGAUGAAACAUGGACUGUAGUGAUGAAUCUUUGAGGGUUGAUAUGGGGGUAAUAGUAGGAGUAAGUGGAAAUACUAAAAAUUGCGAUAAUUGUGUAAAUCUGGAGGAAAAGAUCAAGGCAAUCGAAUGUAAUUGUUCCGAUUUGCGGCAGGGGAUUGAACAGGAGAGAAAUGAGCUUGAAGGUAAGUUUGAGGUGUUGAAGAGAAGGAAUCAAGAGUUGGAAGAGCAGAUUCGUCGAAUAGAGAGUAACGGCAGUAAUGAGGAGGAAGAGAGGGUUUUGCAAUUGAUGAUCGAGAACAGUGUACUCGAAUGCGAGAAAAAGAAGGCUGAAAGUGAUGUUGAGUAUUGGAAAUCCAACUGUAACGAGCUACAGUUAACCGUGGCGGAAUUGGGAAAAAAGUUGGAUACAAAAGCAGGAGAUACAAUUUCAACUAGAGUACAUGGAUUGCAAGAUGAAUAUCAUAAUUUUACGCAGAAAAUCCAUCUGCAAGUAGUUGAUGAAAUGCAAAACAAGGAUGGAGAAAUUGGAUCUCUACUAUCUCAAGAUUCAGGAAAAUCUUUAGCAAAAACUCCAAUCUUGCAAGCCAAGUUUGUGAGAGAAAACAAAGCUUUACUAUCUGAAAGUGGCAAUAACUGUGUUAACAAAGUAAGGAAGCGAUUGACAUUUGAAGAAGAAAGGGGGUCUAACAAGAGGAUGGCUCCUUCUACACCAGCUAGUGAAAGUCGUUCAAAAGUUGUUGUUAUUGACAUAACUGAAAGCGAUGAUGAAAGAACUACUGGUCCACCUUAUACAUCAAUAAUGGGAAGUGACUUUGAAUCUUCUGUGCCCCUCGGUACACCUCCCGUUCCAGGUAUGGUUUGUACUGUACCUUUCUGUGGAUCAGGGAGCAACUUGUCCAAUUCUGAAUUGCCUUCAAAGAAUGAUUCAAAGAUGACUGUCGUUGAGCAAGUUGAAGACAGUGACAUGGUUUGCCAUGAUGAGGAGCCUUUAUAUGUUCCAACUCCAAAAAGAAGAAGAGCUUCAAACAUAAUUGCUAGUGACAGUGACACCGAUGAUGAUGAUGAUAAAGUUCCAAUCUGCAUGCUCAAAACUAGGCAAUUUUGUGAAAAGAGCUCCAAUGAUCAUCCCAGAGGACACUCAACUCAAACCGGUGAUUCCGAUGAUGAAGUCAGGAAUUUUUCUAGUAAACGGCGCCUAGUGAAGCUAAGUCAAUGCGAAGGGAAAGGUGGCGGUGGCAAUGAUAUUGAAGAAGAAGUGUCCAACAGUGAAGGAGAAAGCUUAGGUGGAUUUAUAGUUAGCAGCUCUGACAUCUCAGAUGAUGAUGACACCUCUAAUUCUGAUGGUGCAUUGCAAAGUAAUUCUGCUGUAGCUGAAGAUUCGAUAACUGAUUCAGAGUAUGUAUCAGAGAGUGAUUCAGAUUAUGGUGAGAUAAUAUCAAGAAUUCGAAGGAACAAAGGUGAUAAAUUAGAGUGGGAGUUUGAGGGGGACAUGCUUGCUGCCUUUGGUAAGGAUCCUGAAUUAUGUAUGAAGGCGGUUUGUGUUUUGUAUAGGCAGCAAACAUCUGAGGAGCAAUGUUGUAAAGGAACAAUAGAUCACAAUCAAAGAGGUUUUAGCCACUGUGAUGCCUUCAGGGGAAGCACCUUGGCUGAAUUUCUUACUGAUGGAGAUCCGAAAGGUGAUAUGACGAAGUCCGUGAAGGAACUGCAAGCUUAUGAUCCCAAGGGUAUUGAACUGUGCAGAACUUUUGCUACAAGAUACUCUAAGCAGCUGUUUUCCAUUUACAAAAACAAAGAGGAUCCUUUUUUCUCAGCUCCUUGACAUAGUAUGUAUGGUUUGUUCCCUUUUGCCCGAAAUGAUGGUCCAAAAUCUCUCCUCCUAACCUUGAUAUAGAUUACAUCUUAGCAUGUAUAGUCAUUCCCUCUGUAUAUACAACCUAUAUUGUAGGUGCUUUUGCUAUCAAGAACUAACUAUUAGAGACUUUUGAGCCUCAAUCCCGAGAAAGUUGGUUCGUUUACUUGGAUCCUCACUGACCAUGUCAACGGUUUAAGUUUGCCUCGAUCAAUGAAAGAUGUGCUGAAGUAUAGCUGCAGCAGCUGUUUGAUGUUCUUUGGAGAGGAGUAUGCUUGCUAGCAUUACUAGAUCAUGAAGGUAACUUGGAAGAUGUGGAUAUGUGAUUCUUGGUAGUUGAAUUCUGAUUAGAAUGUUUGUUCUUAUAAUGCAUGCAUAGCCUAACAUUACUAGAAAUGAAUAAUUGAAUCUUGAUUUUUGUCAAGUAGAGAAGUAAAAUAGUACAUUUAUUUUUGGAUAAAUAACAUUAGUGGAAAAAGCAAUGGCUAAAAUUAAAUGGAGAUUGCUUCUAUAGUUGCGGAGGCACGUCGCUUUUGUAGAACUUUGUGGUCUUUCCACGCAUAUUAUUUAUUUUAUGAAAUCCCUUCGAUUGAGAACGAAAAAAGAUCGUUGUUUACUCCUUGUUUUUGUUCUCUCUCGCGAUUCAACUUCUCGAGCCAUCGGAGAGAUCAAAUAAUCUUUUCAUAAAGCGGAGAAUAGAAUCAAGGAAUAAAAAAAUGGAGGUCAAAAAGGCAACAACUUCGCCUUCUACAAUGGCCUGUGAUAAUAUUUCUCCUAGCCAAGCUAUUGUUCCCACAAGUGACGGGACGAAAAUAGACCAAGGGAUUGCAUACGGCCUAAUGCUGGUGGCAUUGGUGCUAACAUACUUCAUUCACUAAUUCGGGUGGCGGAGCUAAGAUUUAUAUUACGUUUAAAAAAGAAAUCAAAGAGAAUUCAAUGUGUGUUGUAUAUACAAAAUUAAUAAUAUUAAUUAUGUAUAAAAAAUGUAAUUUUCUGUCGAAGAGGAUUCGGAUAAAUCCAUCGGGCCCUCCCUCCCUUGUAUAUAAAGAAAAGAAAUUGGUAUAGAGAUGUACAUAUAUCUUUGUUUUA